UCCAGUAAAAGCAAGUUAAAGAAUGGGAGAAGCAGACCAAAGGACAGCUGCUGAUAAAGAUAUAAGCAAACGAGGUCAAUGGAGCAAUAAAGUGGAGUUUCUAUUAGCUGUAGCAGGAAAUAUUAUUGGUCUGGGCAACGUCUGGAGAUUCCCAUACCUGUGUUUCAAAAAUGGAGGAGGUGCAUUCCUGAUACCUUAUAUUCUGUUUGCUGUAACAUGCGGUGUGCCGCUCUUUGUCUUGAACAUUUGUAUCGGCCAGUACACAAAGCAGAGUGCAGCAACAUCCUGGGGAAAACUCUGUCCAUUAGCAGGAGGUUUUGGUCAUGGAGGAUGUGUGUUUGCAUUGUACUUCUGCCUUAGCUACAAUAUCAUCCUGGCUUGGGCUCUUUUCUACCUCAUUGCGUCUUUUAGUUCCCAGUUACCAUGGAUUAGUUGUGGUAAUCUCUGGAACACAGUCAAUUGUGCAGAGCUCAUGUCAAACCAGAACAAUAUGACUGCCAACAGGACUCAAAGAAAUUUCAGUAUUUCUGCUGUCAUCGAAUUUUGGGAGGGGCGAGUGCUGACUGUCUCUCCAGGUAUUGAGAUACUGGGUAAAUUGAACUGGGAGAUUUUGCUCUGUUUACUGGCUAGUUGGGUGGCCUGUUACUUCUGCAUCUGGAAAGGGGUCAAGUCAACUGGAAAGGCAGUAUAUUUUACAGCCAUCUUUCCAUAUGUAAUGAUGUUCGUGCUGAUGUUAAGAGGUCUAACGUUACCUGGUGCACUGCAUGGUAUCAAGUAUUACCUGUAUCCACAACCCUCCCGUCUCGCAGACCCACAGGUUUGGAUUGAUGCAGGAACGCAAAUAUUCUUCUCCUACAGUCUGGGAGCUGGUACCCUAACUGUUCUUGCAAGUUACAGUCCUUACAAAAAUAACUGCUAUAGAGAUGGUAUUUGGCUGUGUGUGCUCAACAGCUGUACUAGUUUUGUUGCUGGAUUUGUGGUCUUUUCUGUCCUUGGCUUCAUGGCAGAGAAGUUGGGUGCUGAUAUUGAAGAUGUAGCACUGCCAGGUCCAGGUCUGGCAUUUAUAACCUACCCUCAGGCAGUAGCCAUGAUGCCACUGCCACAACUGUGGUCAGUCUGUUUCUUUAUCAUGUUGAUUUUAUUGGUCCUGGAUACAAAGUUUGUUGGAAUUGAGGUGGUCAUUACCUCAAUAAUAGACAUAUUCCCGACUAUGCUGCAGAAGCCCUACAGUAGAGAACUUGUCCUGCUAUUCUUCUGCAGUGCCUGCUUCUCCUUUCAGAUUCUUUUAACAACACAGGGAGGAGUCUACAUUUUCCAUCUAAUUGAUUAUUAUGGAUUUAAUGGUGCUUGCUACUUCUUCAUGUGCUUGAUUGAAACACUAGUAAUUGGAUGGAUUUUUGGAGCUGAUCGCAUGAUUGAUGUAAUUGAGGACAUGUGUGAUAAGCGUCCCAGUGCAUUCUUCACAUACUGCUGGCGUUAUUUUACCCCACUGAUGUGCCUUGGAGCUUUCAUUUUAUGCAUUGUGAAGUAUCGACCUCUCAUGUAUAAUAAUGUUUACGUAUAUCCGACCUGGACUUGUGUUCUUGGAUGGCUCAUGACUUUAUUUUCCCCAAUGCUGGUCAUUACAUGGGGUUUGGUGAAGUUAUACACCCACUCAGGGUCACUAAAACAGCGGUUUAAAAGCCUGUGUACUCCAGAUGAAAAUCUCCCUCUCGCCCGAAAGCAAAGAGCACAGCUGCAGAUCAGUGAGACUCUAAUGGGAGGAAUUUGAUGAGCACACAUUCAUCAAUGGCUCCAUUCCAAUAAGAAAAUAUUAUCCUUUUAAAAAUAUUAUGCAUGUAAAAAUACACUUAGUCAAAAGUUUAUUUAGGGGGACAUGGUGGCACAGGAGGUAGCUUUGCAGCUCACAGCUCACAGCUCUUGGGUCUCGGGUUAAAUCCUGAACUCGGGUUAUUGUCUGUGCAGAGUUUUUGUGCAUGUUCUCCCCAUAUUCGUGUGGGAUCUCUCAGAGAUCUCCAGUUUCUUCCCACUGGAGGACUAACUACAAAAAUUUGCCCCAUGUGUGAAUGAGUGUGUGACUAUGUGUGUACACUUUACCCCGCAAUGAACGUGUGAGCAGGUGUUAAGUAGUGUCUUUAAUAGAGAAUGCUAAUAAUACUA